AAUUAAUAAUCCAAAGCAUUUUGCACAUGAUUCUAUAUUAUAUUGUGGGCCACAGUUUGAGUGAGCAACACAAUGUUUUAUGUAUAUAUGAUUGAGCAAGCAGGGCAUCCACAUCCCCAAAAUCACUGGCUAAACAAGUUGAGAGAAUCGUGAGCAGAGAGGUUCCCCUGAGCCAUGGAUGCUAGUGCUUGUAGCUGCAACAGCGGCUUCUCCAACAGUUAUAUGCUUCUGAAGCCGGAAGAGGUGAAGUUCUUUGAUCUGUUACGCCUUUUGUUUUCCAGCAACCUCAAGAAGAGAAAAUUCGUGGAUUCCACUUCCGCCAGAGAGCACAACUUCUGGCACAGAUUCUUCAUCUUUCUCUCUAUCAUCGUCCUGAAGCUCCUCCGAUUCUUUGCCAAACCACUCGCCUUGCUGGGCUUCUUCCUCGAGUCCUGGCUCAACUUUAUCUCCGCAAACGGUGGCUUUUCCGGCAUUCUCCUCAACAUCUUACGAUUCAAGUUGAUAAUACCGGACAGCUCAUCGGCGGAGUACUUGUCAAUCAUUGGUCACUUGGAUAGCAGAGUAAGAUUGGACGAAAAAAUAAAGGCAGGUGAUGUCAACUACUUUGGAGCUCUCUGCAUGAUGGCUUCUAAGCUGGUCUACGAGAAUGAAGCUUACGUUACACAAACUGUCAAUCAUGUCUGGAAGAUGGAGCUGUUGGGGUUUUUCAACUUUUGGAAUGACUAUCAAGAAAAAUUCUCAACACAAGCGUUCAUGAUGCGGGAUAAAAAUGCUGAUCACGACACCAUCAUCGUGUCCUUCAGAGGCACAGAGCCCUUCAAUGCAGACGACUGGAGCUCCGACUUUGACAUCUCUUGGUACGAGAUUCAGGGGAUCGGUAAAAUCCACGGCGGAUUUAUGAAAGCUCUUGGCUUACACAAAUCCAUUGGAUGGCCCAAGGAAAUAGACCCACAACAGCAAAGACGUCCUUUAGCUUACUACACCAUCAGAGAGAAGCUAAGGGAAGUUCUGAAAGAAAAUGAGCGAACAAGGUUUGUAGUGACUGGACAUAGCUUGGGCGGUGCUCUGGCCAUCCUGUUUCCUUUUAUUUUGGUGUUCCACGAGGAAAAGUUACUGCUGGAAAGAUUAGAAGGAGUGUACACAUUCGGACAACCUCGGGUUGGAGACGGGGAAUUCGGAGAAUUCAUGAUGAAAUCACUGUCGCAAUACAAGAUUCGGUACUACAGAUUUGUUUAUGGGUUCGACAUGGUCCCUCGGCUGCCCCUGGACGACAAGGCCUUGAUGUUCAAACACUUCGGACGCUGUAUUUAUUUCGACUGGAACUAUGUUGCGCAGAUUCUUGAAGAAGAGCCAUUCAAGAACUAUUUCUCGAUGAUGGGAGCAGUGAUGAUGCGAACUCGUGCAUUCAUGGAGUUGGGAAGAAGCUUACUAAUUGUAUUGAUAAAGGGAAGGGAGUACAAGGAAGGAGUGCCUUUGAGAAUGAUGAGGAUGUUUGGAUUGUUUGUGCCUGGAGUUAAUGCUCAUUGCCCUCAAGAUUAUGUCAACUCAACUCGGUUGGGUACCAAAGGCUUCCUCGUUUCUCCUCCCUAAAGGCAGUAGGAGGAUGUGAAGACUGAAUGGGUUCCUUCUCAUAAAUGAAACGGAAAUAAUAAGUGUUAUGUUAAAUAAUAAGUGUGAUGAAAUGAAUAUGAUUCCAAUAAAUGUAACUGAAUAAGGAGCCCUACUUGGGUACGUAGGAAGUCUUUAUGUUUCUUAAAUUAUUAUGUUAUGUUCAAGUGUUUGUGUGUUGUUGCUAUUUAUGCUUCAAAACACAUUUCAAUGUUUCAUUUUGUUGGUUUGUUCUUGGAA